AGAUUGGAACUACCUAAAACGACGUAUAUUUCGCACGUGUCGUCUUUUGUUUUUUUAGGGUUUUAGCUCUCCCUUUAAAACCCUACGCCGCUCCCACUCCCAUCUUCUCCUCGUCCCGAAGCCGCAGCCAAACUCUUCGCUCUCACACCUUCCCUCCCGCCAUGGCCAGGAUUAAAGUCCACGAGCUGAGAGGAAAAUCGAAGGCCGAUCUUCUAAACCAGUUGAAAGAUCUGAAAGCAGAGCUCUCUCUGCUACGUGUCGCGAAAGUCACUGGCGGAGCGCCAAACAAGCUCUCUAAGAUAAAGGUUGUGAGGUUGUCAAUAGCGCAGGUGUUGACUGUGAUUUCCCAGAAGCAGAAGGCGGCACUGAGGGAAGCAUACAAGAAGAAGAAGUUCCUACCGCUCGAUCUGCGACCGAAGAAGACACGGGCCAUCAGGCGGCGACUGACCAAACACCAGGCAUCUUUGAAGACCGAGCGCGAGAAGAAAAGGGAAAUGUAUUUUCCAUUGAGGAAGUAUGCCAUCAAGGUGUAGGGUAAGCACCUAAUCUACUUAUCUUUUCAUCCCUUUCAGAACAGUGACUACUGGAUGACGAGUUUUGACAUUUGAUUUCUUUGAAUCUGCGAUCAGAUACAGUGGCUUAUUUUAUUCUAAGUUUACACAUAGGGGAAUGGGCAGUUACUGUUGAACCUGUAGACGUUUGUUGGAUCUGUUUGGCACACAUGUUUAUGUGUUUUAUUUUGGUUACUUAAGUCAACAUAUCAUUGCAUCGA